AAAAAAAAAAAAGGGGGCUAAAAAAGAAUUGAGAAAAGUUGAGGGGGAAGUUUAAAAAAAAUUGUACAUAUUUUUUUUAUUGAAAAAAAAUUAUAAUGGCUCAAUUGCAAGAACAAAAUGAUCUUCCUCUCUCAAACCGCCCUGCGAUCGAGGAAGAGAUCAACGACAGCCCGAUCGAGGAGGUGCGUCACAUCGUGUCGAUCGCCGACGACCCGUCCCAGCCGGUUCUGACGUUCCGAGUGUGGGCCGUGGGCAUUCUGUCGUGCGUGAUGCUCGCGUUCAUCAACGAAUUCUUCAGCUACCGGCAGAACCAGCUCGGCAUCGGCACGAUCUGCGUGCAGAUCGUGUCCCUCCCGAUCGGCAGGUUCAUGGCCGCCACCCUCCCGACGAAGCCCGUGAAAGUCCCGCUGACGAACUGGUCCUUCUCGUUCAACCCCGGGCCCUUCAAUCUCAAAGAGCACGUCCUGAUCACCAUUUUCGCGGGCGCGGGCGCGAGCAGCGUCUACGCGCUGAACAUCGUCGCCAUCGUCAAGGCCUUCUACCACCGCGGCCUCCACCCCAUGGCUGCCAUGCUGCUGACACAGACAACUCAGUUGCUCGGCUACGGGUGGGCCGGUUUGUUCCGAAAGUACCUGGUCGACUCCCCCUACAUGUGGUGGCCGAUAAACCUCGUUCAAGUCUCCCUCUUCAGAGCGCUGAACGAAGAGGAGAAGAGGCCGAAGGGACGGCUGUCGAGGCUUCAGUUCUUCCUCAUAGUCCUGACCAGCAGCUUCGCCUACUACAUCGUCCCCAGCUACUUCUUCCCCGCGCUCUCGUGCCUCUCCGUCGCUUGCUGGAUAUGGAAGGACUCGGUGACGGCACAUCAGAUCGGGUCGGGGCUCAGAGGGCUCGGCAUCGGGUCGUUCGCUCUCGACUGGAACACGGUCGCCGGCUUCAUGGGCAACCCCUUGGCCACGCCCGCGUUCGCGAUCAUCAACACGCUGGCGGGCUUCUUCCUGAUGAUGUACGUCAUAACCCCGAUCGCCUACUGGCAGAACGCAUUCAACGCGAGGCACUUCCCCUUCUUCUCCAACCGCGUGUUCGACCAUUUCGGCAAGCAGUAUAACACGACCCGCAUCCUCGACGAGAGCACCUUCUCCCUGGACCUCGCGGAGUACGACUCCUACAGCAGGAUCAAUCUCAGCAUCACAUUUGCCUACACCUACGGAUUCGGCUUCGCAGGGCUCAUGGCCACUCUGUCGCACGUAGCGCUCUUCCACGGAAGAUCGAUAUGGGAAAUGUGGCGUCGGACGACGGAGAAGGUGAGCGAGAACUUCGGCGAUGUCCACACGAGGCUGAUGAAGAAGAACUACAAGGCCGUCCCGCAGUGGUGGUUCCAUCUUCUGCUGCUGGUUGUUUUAGGACUCUCCUUGUUCGCCUGCGAAGGGUUCAACAGGCAGCUGCAGCUCCCGUACUGGGGCCUCUUUCUAGCGAUGGCCUUAGCCCUCAUCUUCACCCUCCCCGUCGGCGUAAUCACCGCGACGACCAAUCAGCAACCAGGGCUCAACAUCAUCACCGAGCUGAUCAUCGGUUACCUCUACCCCGGGAAGCCCUUAGCCAACGUCGUGUUCAAGACCUACGGUUAUAUAAGCAUGGCGCAGGCGCUCACGUUCCUCGCCGACUUCAAGCUCGGGCACUACAUGAAGAUCCCUCCGCGGUCUAUGUUCUUCGCGCAGCUGGUGGGCACGGUAGUUGGGUCGACGGUCCACUUCAGCACGGCGUGGUGGCUGCUGACGACGGUGAAGGGGAUCUGCGACGUCGACAACCUGCCCAAGGGCAGCCCGUGGACGUGCCCGGGCGACGACGUGUUCUACAACGCGUCGAUCAUCUGGGGGGUCGUCGGCCCGCUGCGCAUGUUCGGGCGGCUGGGCAACUACUGGAAGAUGAACUACUUCUUCCUCAUCGGCACCCUCGCGCCCGUCCCCGUGUGGUUCCUCGCCAGGUGCUUCCCGGAUAAGAAAUGGAUCCGGCUCAUCAACAUGCCGAUCAUCCUCGGCGGCGCUAGCAUCAUGUUCCCGACGCGGGCCGUCAACGUCAUCAUGUGGGGGUUCACCGGACUCAUAUUCAACUACACGAUCUACCGGCGGUACAAGGGGUGGUGGAUGCGCCACACCUACGUGCUCGCCGCGGGCCUCGACGCCGGCAUCGCCUUCAUGGGGGUGCUGACGUUCAUCGCGCUCGGCUCCUUCAACAUCUACGGGCUGGACUGGUGGGGCGGCGUGCAGGACGACUACUGCCCGCUCGCCACCUGCCCGACGGCGCCCGGCUUCACCGCCCCGGGAUGCCCGCUCGUCCAAUAAGAAAAAAAAAAAAAGGCUAUCGACUUCGGGAUUCGCGCCAAAUAGGAAAAAACAAAACAAAAGAGGCCCCCAUUGGCCGGUUUGCUCCUCGAAUUCAGUGCUAAGUUGUACAUAUCUGACACUUGGUUUGAUUUUUGCUGGGUUUGUGAAUUGUGGCUGAUUACAAAACCACAAAAAAAAAAAGAAAAGAAAGAAAAAUUGUUGGAAAUUAUUGAAUAUUUGAAUGAGAUUAUUAUUUCAGCCUAGGUUUCAUUUUAA